UACCUUCCACUCUCCCUGGUCCCUUGUACGGACCCGACUUUCUUUCUCUCUCUCCUUCCUCCAUUUUCGCUGAUCCAAUCUCACGGCCUCUUUCUCUAUCCUUCCCUGCAUUUUGUCGGCAUGGAUUUAGCAUUUGAAAGACAAAUAUCUCUAGUGCGUGCCCUCUUAGUCGUCUUUGUAGCUUCCCUACUCUUUUUCACCGCCAAUGCUUCCAUCCACAUCUACGAUAAGGAGCCCUUCAAAGAAGUGGGCAAUGCUUACCUUCUCUCCGGUGGCAGUGAAGGUAUCGUUGCUUCCCUCAAUGCCGCUCCUCCGUCGGACCCGUUGUCCAUCAAUGACGGCCAUUCUUACAUCCGAUUUGAGGAUAUCACCUUUAGGAGAAGCAAAACUGCUGCCAAACGCAUGAAGCAUAUUACUGGGCUUGUACAGAUUAUAAUUUUUGAGGCUGCUGAUCGUAAUGAUAUUGGCGGUUCUGCAUAUGGUGGACAACGGGCAAUAUGUUGCACCCCUGAUUUAGCUAAGAUGGAAGGCUGUAAGCAAGGGGAGGUUAUCAGGAGACCUUCUGCAACAGACAUUAAUUGGCCUGUCAUUUUAAAUGUAUACUUUAUUGGAAAAUCCUUAACUACAAGUAUAAAUUAUACUGUAGUUCCCAUCACGAAGACUGGAAUGUAUAAUUUGUUUUUUGUAGCAUGCAACCCAAAGCUCAAGGACAUGGUAAUGAGUGGGAAGACAAUCUGGAAAAACCCUGAUGGGUUCUUACCUGGUAGGAUGGCCCCUUUAAAGAAGUUCUAUGUGUUUAUGACAAUUGCUUAUGUAUGCCUUAGCCUUGUUUGGUUUCUUCAGUACACAAGGUUUUGGGAUGACAUACUGCAGCUUCAGCACUGUAUCUCAGCUGUUAUCGCUCUUGGUCUGCUUGAGACGGUUUUUUGGUAUUUUGAAUAUGUCAAUUUCAAUAAUUCUGGAACGAGACCUGUUGUACUCACGACAUGGGUUGUCACAAUUGGAGCUAUAAGAAAAACAAUAUCACGGCUUCUUAUUCUCAUUGUUUCAAUGGGUUAUGGUGUUGUGCGACCCACUCUUGGUGGUCUUACCUCAAAGGUUAUGUUACUUGGAAUAACUUACUUCCUAGCAUCUGAGUUACUGAAUAUUGCUGAAUAUGUGGGAACCAUCAAUGAUGUAUCAGGAAGAGCAAGGCUUCUUCUAGUCCUCCCUGACGCUUUCCUGGAUGCUUUUUUGAUAUUGUGGAUUUUUACAUCUCUUUCAAGAACUUUGGAACAGUUACAGGCAAAAAGGAGUUCUGUUAAGUUGGAUUUAUAUAGAAAGUUCUCUAAUGCAUUGGCAGUAACAGUGAUCUCCUCAGUUGUUUGGAUAGGAUAUGAGCUAUACUUCAAGGCCACAGAUCCUUUCAAUGAGCGGUGGCAGAGUGCUUGGAUCAUAACUGCUUUCUGGGACAUUCUAGCAUUUUCAUUGCUCUUUGUUAUUUGCUAUCUCUGGGCCCCAUCUCAAAGCUCUCAAAGGUAUGCAUAUUCUGAGGAAGUGGGAGAUGAAUCUGAUGACGAAGAAGCUCGAUCCCUAACAAAGCACGAAACUGAGCUAAGCUCAGUCAAGCUAGAGAAGAAUGUUGGAAAUGAUGAAUCUUUUGAUCAAGAAGACGAAGUAGAGGAAGAUAAAAGGGAAUAGAAUCUCCCAACAACUUCACUGUUUUGCCAACUAGGUUAAGUCUCGCAUUUGUGCCACACCACAACACACGAGCCAAAAGGUGUAGUAAAAUUGUUUUUCCCCUGUCGGAUUAGAGAGAUGGAACAGCUCUGAUAUGCUUAUUAUUAUUAUUAUUAUUUAAAGCAUUUCAUUGUACCAUUAUGUUUGCAAAUAAUGCACAGCAUGCAUUCCAAAUGGUGGUGAUGAAUCUGUAAUGUCAGGCCCUCUUCUCACCUCGGACAUGGUUGUCGCUGUCCCAGAUUGUUGAGAUCCGAGUUAAACAAGAAGGAACAGGGUCAAUGAAGGUUGACCAAAUUAAUUAGAUCAGGUUACAUCUAGCACGUAGGGUCUGGUCUUGUGGUUUGAUUAUUGUUGUUGUUUUGUUAGUAGCUAUCCCACUAAUUAUGGUGAGCCCUUUUUAUUGUGAAAACUAGAAUAAUUCUUCUAA